CAGAACUGUAUGCCCACUAAAAGCCCUUUUACGAUUCCCGUGAAGCAGAUUAUCCAUAUUCAGUUACGUUUUCCUAGGGAAGCGGAAGAGAUGAUGAGGGAUUCCUUAAAACUUUAGCAGUUUUUCCAAUAUAUAUGGGCGGCUCGAUAUUUGGACGAGAAAGAUUUUAAAAUUGAAGACGAUCGAAAUUGUUCAGGCCUUACUUACUUGUUCAGGUCUUAGCAGCAGUUAGACAUUUCAGUUACUAGCGUUAGCUUCAAAAGAUGGCUGAUAUUACAAGCAGAACUGAAUUAAAAUUUUCCGGAAUAGAAUGUCUGCCACGUCAUAACCCAAAUAUAUUCAGUAACAACGGCAAUGAAGUCGCGAAUGUGACUAAAUACUAUUAGAAGUAUGCAGGCAUAAGUUACCGGGUUAUAUAAAAGCGGCGAACAUAGUCACGUGUAAUUGAACUUAUCACAACUCUUCCGAAUUAGAUGCUUCAGAAAUGAGCUGUUCCACAGGCCCUCAACAGGAAUUGCAAAGGUUGAAUUCGAGAACAAGUGGGAAAAGACUGGGUCGUCUUUAGAGGAAACUGAGAUUUAUGUUGUAUGAAAGAGAAUCAAAGAGGAAAUGGAGGCGCUGAAGAACAAUCCCAUUGAUCACGAUACAAAGCGACGUUCGGAGGAACAAGCCGAAAAAUGGAACAAAGUACAGGAACAACAGAAGAGUAGCCUUCGCCACUGUCUACCGCGCGAAAUACCAGUGGAACUUGUGUUUGGCCGCAACAAACACAUAGAGCGUAUUAAGAAACUGGCUGAGGGUGGGAAAACCCCAGUUGUCCUGAUUACUGGUGGACCUGGAUUUGGAAAGACGACUGUGGCUAAAAGAGUGGCGCAUGAAUUAAAAAAAUCAGAGACAAAGGUAACUGUGCUGUUUUGUAGUUUACAAACGAAGACAGAUUUCAACGAAGUGGUCGUAGGUAUGAUCAACUCGUGUGGUAAAGCCAGCACGCAAGUACGAGAGAAUCCGGGGCAAUGGUUAAGAAACUGGAGCAUACAUGUCCCAAACCAGGUCACGUUUGUUCUUGACAAUGCAGAUGGCGUCCUCGAGUCCAGCGAUCGAGAAUCAUUUAUAAGCGUCUUAUCUGACAUGAGAAUGUUAUCGGUGGAAAAGGUAGGAUUUGUCAUAACUUCCAGGAAAACCUUUAAGAAUACGGACUUGCAGCCCCUCGAAGUUAGAUUGGGCCCUUUGUCCGCCGCACAGGCAAAAAAACUCCUUCUUUCGAAGGUGCAAGUAUGUGAAGGUGCCCAGCAGCACCCUUCCAGGGCAGAUUACAUCGCCAAAGAUCUAUGUGGCUGCGUUCCUCAGGCACUUUGCAUUGUUGGAUCCUUGCUAUCAGACUAUCCUGAAGAAACGCUCAUAGAAAGCCUUGAAAAGAAACCAUUAGCGGUUCUAGAGGACGACGAAGGAUCUGUUGAAAAGGCCAUUAAGACUUCGUUUGACCUUUUGAAGAAACCCGAUCAAGAGGUUUUCAUCCUCCUAUCCUUGUUCCAAGGUCCAUUUGAUACAGAUGCAGUCCAAGCUGUGACGAAGGCGCAAUGUUCAACCUCCGGGGCUUUGCCUAUCUCCAUCCUGCGCUCAUUAAAAUACAGAUCUCUUGUGGAGGAGCUCUAUUCGUGCAGAUAUCAGAUGCAUCCGCUCAUUCAAUCAUACGCAAUGAAGAUUGGUCGAGAUAAGUAUGACAAACUUUGGACAAUGGGCAGAAAACUGGCUUGUGUACACUUCAUGUUGCGCCUCGCGAAGAAUGCCGAUAUUUACUGGAGUAAGGACACCUGCAAGGCUUCCCUUAUAUCAUUUCAAGAUGAGAAGGACAAUUUCGAACAUUUUCUUCAAAUUUAUGCUCAAGCUAGGGAAGAAAAAGAUCUAGAGAUCAUAAAAGACUGUGAGCCCUUUCUGGACAGUUUUCCUUACAAAUGCAUGUAUCUGGAGAGAUGUCUUCAUCCAAGAUUCUACACUGAGAUCCUUGAAAGAUUAUUGGAAACUUUUGACUCUGCAAGCCAACCAGUGUAUGUAGUAGAUCUUUUGUGUCUUCUUGGUAAUGAAUAUAGGAAGAAAAAAGAAAAAGAAGGAAAGAAAAAGUACGAAGAAGUCAUGGUUGAAGCCAAAAAAAUUCAUUUGAGGAAUCCUGCUGCGUUUGAGUCGAAACCGUUAUCAGAACUCCAUUUUCACAACAGCAAUGCCCGCUUCCUUAAAGGGAACGAACAGAAAGAAGAGGAGUGUACAAAGGCUUUGAAAAUAUGCACAGAAAAAUAUGAACAGCUUCAUGAUCACCCGGAAACAGCAGCGACCCUCAUCUUUUCAGGAAUUGUUUCAAAGCUCUGUAAGAAGUUCGAAGAAGCCAUAGAUCGGUCUAAAAAAGCGUUGGAUAUCUUUCAAAUAAAACUUGGGAACCACUAUAUGACUGCUCUAACCCUGAAGAUUACCGGAGACCUUUACGUGUCUCUUGAUGAAAAGUACGAAGUCGACGGCCUUGAGUGUUAUAAAGCUGCUUUGAAAAUGUUCGACGACCUAGGAAUGGAUGAAAACAAAGAGAGCAUCUUGGUGCGAAAGAAUCUUGGAACUUGUCACAUGAAAAGUGGGAACUUUGACGAGGCAAUGAAGCUAUUCUCGGAAGCAGAGCAAAUUGCCAAACGAGAAUUAGAAGAGGAACAUCAUUGGAAGGUCCUUGUUGAGACUUCGUUGGCCCUCUUGCUUGAGAAGAUGAAUAACGUAGAGGGGCGAUAGACAAGAUGCACAAGGGACUGGAGAUGGGCAAAAGCAUGAAUCUACCCGUGAACAUGAUGGGAGGAGAAGAGAUGAUUAAAUUUCUCAACCGGUAUCCAGGGAAGUUCCCCGAGACUGAACUCCCAAGAAACGUUGUUAGUCGAAUAGGCCAUCGAGACGCACGGCCCCACGGGAAGUGGAAAGCUGGCUCUGGAAGAGGAUGGAAUCAAUCAGGAAAUUAAGUAAAGGGGUUGUUACAAAUGCAGAAAAAUUUAAAUGGGAGCAAUGAAAAACUUGGAAACUUCUAAACUGAGUCUUAGAGGUGCGCAAACCAUGAUGAUAUGGAAUCAAUCUUUGAAAUGACUGCAGCAAAUCGAAUUUACAGUGAUAGCUUUAUAUUUCACACAUGAAGAUAACUAUACAACAAGAGAAAACAGGGAUCUCUAAGAUACAACCAAUUAACUUUCGUGUGGUUCUCUUUUUUUCUUUUGUGUUAAAAAUAUUACCUAUUCAAUCGUUUUGAAGCGAGAGGCAGAUUACCGACGAUUAACGAUUAACCAACUUCUGUCAGCGUGUCUCGCGCCAAUUAUUUUAACAAAAUAGAUUCCAUCGAGUUGCGCGUCUCUUCAGUAAUAGUUCACAGAUGACGUCAAAUGUGGUAAGAACCGAAAAGUGAGACACGAAGCCCAGCCGAGUGUUGCUCGUGUCUUUACCACAUUCAGUUAUCAUCCGUGAACGAUUACUUUACAGAAUCACGACAACACGGAGUCUAUUUGUUUUAUGCAUGUUAUAUGAUGAAAAGAGUUGUUAAUAUUUGUAUUCACUACAUUCAAAAUUAUUUUUCAGAUUGUAAUUCAGCCGGCUAUACUUUAUCUUUUGGCUGGAAGGGGUAGUUUUAAGGGUGAUUUUAGGAAAUGUAAGACUCCGAUUAGUAAGGAAAUCGAUAGCUGAAUUUUUCUUGUACAUAAUGUAGACUCAGGCGAAAAGGAAAAUAUCUUUGAGCAUAAUCAGUUAGUUACUCGGUAUAGAAACUUGUUUUACUUCGUUCAAGCAGAAAUGUGCCGAAGGUUAUAAGCAUCAAUGUUUUAUUACUUUCAAAGUCAAGCUUACCUUCAAACUCACCAGGAUGCUUAAAUGUAUCUGAGGAAGAUUUUUAGCGACUUUUAACUUUCUGUCCGCUUGAUUGUUUUAACCGCAGUAUGGGUUUGUCUUCCUCGAGAUUGUGCAAAUUAUUGGUUUUUCAUAUCAAAUAUUAAGCCAGAAAUCUUAACUCGUUUCUCUUAUUUGCCGUGUAGGCACACGAAAUAUUAAGUAUUUGCAGAAGCCACAAAUGUCGCAAAGAAGCUGAUGUGAAUUUUAAAUGUGAUAAAAAUUUGUAUUUUUGUACAAUACAGUCUUUGCCUUUUACUCAGAGCUGUUACAUUUCCACUGUGUUGUCUAAUUAUAAAAAUUGGAUACCUUUACAUAAUUGCUGGUAGCAACAAUAAGUAAAUUAGUGAGUAAAGAUUCUAUCAACGAAUAUUUCCUGUUUUUGAUGAGAAGGUAUAGUUCAAUGUCUUAGGGAAAAUUAAGUGAUUUUUCCAUGAGUUUUUUUGGAGCAUAUUUUAUACUUUUUUCAAUAUUUUAGCCGUUCUUAAUUCAUUCGAGUUUUUUUAUUGUAAUGUUUUAAGAUAAAAGCCAACAGUAAGUUCUUUCAACUACCAACAUGUACCUAUGGCUUUGUUCUCGCCGCUAAACAUCCGUCCUUUUGUGAUUUUAUUCUUAGUGGACAUUGUUAAGUACACAUUCCUUGUAGCGACCUUUUCUGGUAAAUUACUUCUCAAGGAAGUUGCUAGCUGUAAAUUAGUCCUUUUCAUGCGAUAAUUUUUCUCGUUGCUACUUGUUCAAACUUAACACCAACAUCGCUUCUAUAGGCACAAAUUUUAAUUAAGUUCUCACCUUUACUUGCUAAGAUAUACAAUCAAGCAAUUGUAGAUUUAGGGAAUAGAACCACGCGCUCGAUAGUGCAUAAAGAGGUCUAUUGUAAAGCUUUUUCGAUUACAUAGACGACUGCGUGGCGAUUGCAUUGACGGCUGUGUGGCGAUUAAGAAGUUGAGAACGGCAGAGGUCAUGUCGUUUCCCGACAGGAACUAAAAUAAACUUACUAUGGAACCAAA